GUCGUUGGGAAGUGAUGCCGUGCCGCAUCACGGUUCACUACUACCCGUUCGGCACCCAUGCGCGUUGUCGGGCUGCCUGCGUGCCUAUGGACUCCGAGUCGUCGACCCCUCGGACGACGACCAGCAGCCCGGCAACGGGGUCGAUCAGGGUCCAGUCCAGUCCAGUCCAGUCCAUGCCUGCUUGCACCUCAAUGCACUACGUACUCUAUUGAUGCGUUCCACCCCCGAUUUGUCCGGCCCGCCUCCAAUGGCGACGAGUAAAGUGGUCCCAGUCAAGGAGCAUGCCUGCCUCGGGGGGGUCGCGAUGGCGCGGGUUCCGAGAUACUUGCUCUUCACACCGCAGAGCGUAGAAAGGAACGGUACGGUACGGUGAUGGUGACGACGGAUGACGCUGGUGAGCGGGCGUUGCUCCCAUUCUGGGCGGUCAUGCGGCGUCAUGUGGCUCCUUGCGGCGCAUACGCACGAGUCCCAGAGACCAUGAGAAAAAUGUUGGAAUAGGUGAGAGUAGUAGCUUCGUAGGCCUCCCAUGGCAGUAGGUAGGCGGGCAGUGGGCUGGAUCGGACACGAAUGAUACCUAGAUGGAUGGGCUCCUCGGCUCGAUCGUGCCCAUUGAUUGUAUCGGCGACGCUGUGGUGCGGCAAUCCAGGUAGCGGGCAGCGGCACCAGGGCACGGUGCAGUACAGCACCUCACAGCGCAGGUGGGCUGCUUCCACUGCUUCUGCCUCUUGGUUGCCCCCCCGCCACUCGCCCAGCAGUGGAGGCCCACCACCACCACCCAAUCCGACCGCCACGCCACGCCGGCAUAUCAUCCCGCCUUCACCUCUCGCUCCCGCCAUCCUCCUCUUCUCUUACACGUUUGAGCGUCCCUCUUCCCGCCCCCCAAAUCCGCCCUCUUUCCUUCCUCGCCUCGGCAUCUCGUCAAUCGACGACGGGUCCCCUCCCGCCCUCGCGCGCCCGCGACGCUUGCGAAUUGACACGACCCGCGCACCGCCACCCAGCACCAGUCACGUCAUCGCCUUCUCUCUCUGUACCCUGCCCUGCUCUCUACUAAGGUACAUACCUACCACCCCGCGGAAGGAAGAAAAAAAAGGCCACCCAUCGCUGCCCGCAAUGGCUGGCCCGACGUCCCCCAGCACCGAGGGUCCCACGUUCGCGCCCCCGAGCCUGCCCGCCGGCUGGAUCGCACAGUGGGACGGCGCGAGCAAGAAGUACUACUACGUGCAGCUCGCGACGGGCGUCUCCCAGUGGGAGGUGCCCACGCAGGCCGUCCACCAGACGGGCAACACGCCCGCCCAUGAGUCCGCCGAGCACCCGUACGGCCAGCCUCCCCCUGGCGGCGUCGGCGCCGGCGCCGCUUCUGCGGGCGCGCCGCCGCGGCCCUCGGAACUUAUCACGCAUCCCGACGGCUCCCAGACGGUCAAGCACCCCGACGGCACCAUGGAGCCUAUCAUGGCCGACGGCUCUAGGGGUUUGGACGGCCCCAAUGGUGACAGAGGCCUUGGUAGCAUGGCCAUGAACGCCCUUCUCGGCGGAAAAGGCUCGGGCGGCGGCGGCGGCGGCGGCGGUAGCCACGGCAGCAAUCCCCUCGGUAGCCUCGCGAAUCAGUUCCUCGGCGGCGGUUCCCACGGCGGUGGCGGCGGCGGCGGCGGCGGCGGCGGCAAGAACAAUGCCGCCGGCAAGCUUGUCGGACAGCUGGCAUCGAACCUCUUCUCCCCGUCCAGCAAGCCCGAGCAGCCGCAAAACUACCACGGCGGACAGAACACGGGCCACGGCCAGCACCAGGGCGGUCUGGCCGGCGCCGUCUUUGGCGGCGUCGCCCACAUGUUUGGGGGCAAGGAGUCUCACGGUAGCGGUCAAAAUUACGGCUAUUCGGGCGCCGGCACCGGCAAUGCCUAUUCGGGCGGCGAAGCCCCGACGUACCACCCGCCAGGCUCCGGUCCGUCCUCGUCCACACAUACACCCUCCGCCUCGCAACCGAGUCAACACCAGCAGCAGCAGCAGCAGCAGCAGCAGGGCUCGUCCCACCACCAAAGUUCCCCGAGCCAGGGCCACCAGCCUCAGAGCCACCAGUCGUACGGCGCCCCAUCAUCCGGCGGCAGCCAAGGUCACCAGCCGCCGCACACCCAGUCCCCGUAUGGUGGGGGCCAGUCGUACGGCGGCCAGCAUGGCGGCCAGCACGGAGGGAAUGGCGCAUAUUCCCAUCAGCCUGCGCAGCAAAGCUACGGCACGCCUCCCGCUGGCGGUCAUCAGCCGUCGUAUGGGCAGUCCCACCAGGGCGCUCCCUCUAGCUAUAGCCAAGGACCUCCUGGGGGCUACCAACAGGGCCCUCCAGGUGGCUACGGCCAGGGACCAUCGGGCGGAUACAGCCAGGGUCCACCCGGCGGAUACAACCAAGGCCCCUCUGGAGGGUACGGCCAGUCGUACUCUGGGGGACAUGGUGGCCAGCAACAACAGCAGCAGCAAUAUGGCGGCCAAAACCAGGCGCCGUACCAUGGCGGUCCCUAUUGAGUGGUCAGGGAGCUGCAGGUCAUAGAAUCAACUCGACGUUUGGCAGCCGCGUUCACUCAAGUCCAGGCUUGAUCCAUGUCGAGAGCAGCUGGAAGCCACCGCCCCGUGCCCUGUCGGGCGAACGAGCACGGGAUUACUCAGGGUGAGUGUUGGGCGAGGGUUCAGCCAGUCGUGUGCUACAUCCUUCGCCCGUGCUCGACGUCUGCGACGAUGGAACGGUCGACCAUGAAGCAUCUGUAACGAAUUUUCGAAAUGAGGUGUGAGCCUUUUGCGUCGUGUAUAUAUCGCAUGUGGUCGUCCAUCAAAGAGUGGCGGGGUGAAAGACUGAGGAGAGUGGAAAGUUUGGCAGCAAUGAGCUUAACCGUUAGUUUUUCUUAGUCUGCUUUAAUGUCUGGUCUUCCGAGGAGCCGGCAACAGACUGAAGACGGGAUGCGAUCCAUCUUGAUGCGAACCAGGUGACGACGCCGACGACGAUGAGGUAACCCACGGUGGGCAUAAGCGACUGAUUGGCCAAGUUAAACACGAAAGGGUCAAGCACAAGAUCUACCAAGACGGGUGGAGGGUUCUUCAUGAGCUCGACAUCGUCGACAAAGUAAUCUGCCGCGGCGCGAAUGUGGACAAGUAGCACAGACGCCUUCCGCGCCCCCGACUUGUUGGAUGAAGCUUUAUGCGGCGCGGGCUCCUGCGCGUCCGACUUGUUGCCAGGCUGGCGGGAGGCGGCAUACUCUGCCAGGGACUGGAUAAGCUCGGGCGUGUCCCAGACGGUGUCGAGCUCAUGCGAGUCCAACGCGAAGAGGCCCAUCUCAUUCUUGUUCUGUUCUGCCUCCAGCGAGGGGGCAGGCGGAGGGCAGGUAUAAACGCACAUUGGCGGCCCAGGAGACAUGGAACUCGUAGCGCUGGCCCUCGACCAGGUUGUCGAGCAGUACCCACGACGAGCGUCCCUGGGACGAGUUGCCCUUGUCGACGGGGAAGACGCGGUCGAGGGUCGUGCGCAGGGUGAGCGUGUCGGGGGUGAGGGC